ACCCCGGUGCCGGUGGAUGGAGCUGAGCUGUGCCAUGGCGGGCAGCGCCGCCGCCCCGCCGGGCCCUGGGCCCCCCCCCACUACCGCCGCCGGGCUGGCGGAGGGCGAGGAGUACGAGAGCCUGCCCAGCAGCGUCGCGCUCGGCACGCACAUGGUGGCCGGGGCCGUGGCGGGCAUCAUGGAGCACACGGUCAUGUACCCCGUGGACUCGGUCAAGACACGGAUGCAGAGCCUGCAGCCCGACCCCAGAGCCCGCUACAGGAGCGUGUACGAAGCUCUCAAGAAGAUGGUGCUGACCGAGGGGCUCUGGAGGCCUUUACGUGGGAUUAAUGUCACCAUGCUGGGGGCUGGCCCUGCCCACGCCUUGUACUUUGCCUGCUACGAGAAAAUGAAAAAGUCUCUCAGUGAUACUUUCCAGCCAGGAAGAAACAGCCACUUGGCCAAUGGCAUCGCUGGGAGCGUGGCCACGCUGCUCCACGACGCCGUGAUGAAUCCAGCUGAAGUGGUGAAGCAGCGGCUGCAGAUGUUCAACUCUCCGUACACGUCGGUGCUGGGCUGCAUGCGGACAGUGCACAGGACUGAGGGCUUCAGAGCCUUCUACCGCAGCUACACCACGCAGCUGACCAUGAACGUGCCCUUCCAGGCCAUCCACUUCAUCACCUACGAGCUCCUGCAGGAGCGCCUCAACCCUCACCGCCAGUACAACCCCCGCUCCCACAUCGUGGCCGGCGCCGUGGCUGGAGCUGUGGCCGCUGCGGCCACCACGCCGCUGGACGUGUGCAAGACACUGCUCAACACGCAGGAGAACAUGGCCCUGAGCUCCCUCAACAUCCGGGGGCACCUGUCGGGCAUGGCCAACGCCUUCGGCACCGUUUACCAGCUGGGAGGCCUCCCCGGCUUCUUCAAGGGCGUCCAAGCUCGGGUCAUUUACCAGAUGCCCUCCACAGCCAUCUCCUGGUCCGUGUAUGAGUUCUUCAAGUACUUCCUCACCAAGCGCGCGCUGGAGAGAAAGCCGGCCUCGUGAGCGAGGAGCAGGAAUCUCCUGUGCCCCCUCUCAGCCAGCCCAUGGAAUGCUGCUGGGUUCUCCUCUCCCUUCCUGGCCAUUCCUGGUCACUGAGUGUGCUCAGGGAAUCCCAGUCACUGAGUGUCCUCAGGGAAUCCCGGAAUUCGCAGUCACGAGUGUCCUCAGGGAUUCCCAUGGGGCUCCCCGAGGAUUCCCAGUCAUUGGGUGUCCUCAGGGAUUCCCGGUCACUCAGUGUCCUCAGGGAUUCUGGGGAUUCUCAGUCACUGAGUAUCCCUGAGGGAUUCCCGUGGUGCUCCCCAGGGAUUCCCAGGAUUCCCACUCACUCAGUGUCCCUGGGAUUCCCAGGAUUCCCACUCAGUGUCCUCAGGGAUUCCCGGGAUUCCCACUCACUCAGUGUCCUCAGGGAUUCCCAGGAUUCCUGCUCACUCAGUGCCUCCUUCCUUCCCUUAAACAACAACAAAAAAAAGAAUUUAUAGAGACUUUUAUAUUAAUAUAUAUCUAUUUAAUAACUUUAUUUGGCAGCAGCGAAACUGCAAACUGCUUUUUCUGGGAAAUAAGAUGGAACCUGGAGUUUACUCCUCGCUUAUGGUUCAGCUUCUCCAACCUAAGCUGGUUGCUUGAAAUACAUUUUGGGUGGUUUACUUUUUUUUUUUUUUUAAUUUUUUAUUUUUACAGCAAAGAAAGAAAAAUCUCCUGGCACAGAAGUGAAUUUUUAUAUCGAUAUAAAAUAGUUGGAUAAUAUUUAUCCUUUAUUUCUACUUGGGCAGCUGGCUUGGGUUUGAAAAGCUUUUAAAGCUGAGUGCAAAGGCCUUCAAAAAGGGCUCAGCUCUUCCUUCCCGUGUAAGGACGACCCAAAAAUCAUCGAUUUUCUGGCCAGAUUUGCUUUAAUUACUGGGCAAUUAAAGCCUGGCUCCUCCUCUGGCUCUCCAGGUCCUCGGAAUUCCCAUGAGGACAUGAGGAAUGGGGAUGUGGCUUUUGGGGAAAACCCAAAACAGGGAAAUUCUGUUUUGUUCUGCUCCUGGAGAUGGGGAUUUUUAGGGGAUGUGAUUUUGCAGUUUCUCCUUGCUGAAGGUGCCGUGGGCUGUGAGGCUGCACAGCCUUCAUCCUCCCAGAGUUUAUUCCCCCUUUUUCCUCCCUGAGGGCCUGAUCCUAUUCCAGGACCUCUCCUGGGAUCUCAGGGUGAGCCUGGAGCUGCUUUGCUCCUGGGAAAAGGAGAUCCUGGAGUUGCUGUUGUUUAUAGUGUCCCUGGCAGCUCCAGAGCAGACCAAAAUCCUUGGGAAAAUCCCAGGGCAGAUCCAAGGGUGCCUCCCAGCCUGGGCUUGGCAAGAAGCUGCUGCUCAUCCCUGUCCAGGAGGGACAAAAAUCCUGACCUGGAGGGGGAAAUCCUGACCUGGAGGGGUAAAAUCCCAACCUGGAGGAGGAAAUCCUGACCUGGGGAGGGAAAUCCCAACCUGGAGAAGCUCCUCAUUCCCUGAGUUUGGUUUUCCUGCUUGGAAUGCAAAGUGGGAAGGGUGGAAGCCUCCCUGCGUGCCCUGCUCCAGUUGGGAACAGCUUUUCCAAAGCAAAUUCCAUCCUUUAGCCACUCCUUUGGGAGAUCAGGAGGGAAUUUUGGGAUCCUGGAUGUGCAAAUUCCAGUUCCAGGGUCCAUGUUCCAUUUGAAUCCAGGAAUAAAUUCCAUCCUUCCCAAAGCAAAUCUCAUCCUUUAGCCGCUCCUUUGGGAGAUCAGCAGCCAAGGAAGGAUUUUUGGGAUCCAGUUCUAGGAUCCUUGCGAUGUUCCCAUGUUCCCAUUGUCAUCUCCCUGCUGGGCAUCCCAGGAUGUCCCUUGGGAUCUCUGGAGCUGUCCCAUCCUUUUCCCACAAUUUUUGGAGCAGGAAAAUCCAGGAUCCCCUCUGGGGGGUGCCACGUGUGCCUUGUGGGAACGAUCCUGGUGGGAAAAGAGCUUUUUCCUGACUUUUUUUGUGUCUUAACCUGAAACAAUCCCUGUGCCUUAAAGCAGGAAAAUCCUGCUGGAUUCUCCUGGAUUUGAUGGGAUUGGAGGUCUCAGAGUUGGGAAUUUUUCUCCUUGAGAAACUGGAGAGUUGCUCCCAGAGCCAGAACUGCUCUGGGAAAAUUCCCAUAGAGAUGGAAUUUUGGGAAUGUAAUGCUGAAGAGACACAAUGUGGGAUAAUUGGAAUGAUUCCAGCUCCAUCCUCCUCUUCCUCUGUAUUCUCCUUGGAUAUUUCUGCCUUGGGAGAACCUCAGCUCCUCCUUGGAGUAAUCUGGGAGUAGGGACAUACAAAAAUCCUGGAUAGGGGAUGUUGGGAAGUCAUUUGGGAAUCCUGGGAGAGGGGGAGAUCCCUGGGAACCUCUGAGGGAUGGGAACAAAAAUGAUCAGCUGAGAUCUGUUGGGAAUUUGCUCCUCCUCAGGCUGGGAGUGGGAAAAUCCAUUCUGGGAAAAGGAAAAUCCAGUUUGGGAAAAGGAAAAUCCAUUCUGAGAGGAGGGAAGUCUUCUGGGAGAAGGAAAAUCUGCUUGGAUCACCCUGGAUAUCCAACAAAACCAGCCCAAUCCUCAUAAUUCCAGAAGUCUCACCCGCAGCAGGAAUAUUUCCAAUUUUCCAACUGCUGCUGCUGGAUCUGCAGGGAAAAUCCCUUCCCAAAUCCCCUUCCCCAUCCCAAAAAUCCCUGCCAAGUUUGCCUGUGCUGCAAUUCUGAGCUGAAAUCCCUGAUUUUAGCCUGGUCUAUGAUCCCAAAUCCCUGAUUUUAGCCCUGUCGGUGACUUCAAAUCCCUGAUUUUGGGUCUGUGAUCCCAAAUCCCUGAUUUUAGCCCAGUCUCUGCCCCAAUUCUGCCGCUUUGUCCACCUCAAACGCACAGAAUUCUUUAAGGGAGGAUGAGGAACUUUUCCAGUUCUUCAUCUCAUUUUUCCCUUUGGAAUUUUUGCCUCAGCAAAAAUAAAAUUUAAAAAACCCAAAACAACAACAACAAAACAACAACAACAACAAAGUGUUUUCAUCGCUGUUUCCCAGUGCAGGAUCUGGGUGGGAAACGAUGCUGCACUUGUGCCACUGGAGCUCCAGAAAAUAAAAAUAUCCUGAUUUUUUUGGGUCUUUUUUUUGGAGUUUGUGGUUGUUUUUUCCUUGGGAAUGAGGAUGGGGCUGGCUCAUCCCUGAGGGAAUGGUGCCUGCUAGCGAUGCCUGAGCCCUGGGGGAGGAAAAUCCGUCUUGGGAAAAAGAAAAUCCUUCUGGGAGGAAGAAAAUCCAUUCUAGGAGGAGAAAAAUUCAUUUUUGGAGGAGGAAAAUUCUGAGAGGAGGAAAAUCUGUCCUGGGAAAGGGAAAAUCCAUCCUGGGAGGAGGAAAAUUCAUCCUAGAAGGAGCAAAAUCCAUUCUGGGAGGAGGAAAAUCCAUUCUAGGAGGAGAAAAAUUAAUUAUGGGAGGAGGAAAAUUCAUCCUAGAAGGAGCAAAAUCCAUUCUGGGAGGAGGAAAAUCCAUUCUAGGAGGAGAAAAAUUAAUUAUGGGAGGAGGAAAAUUCAUCCUAGAAGGAGCAAAAUCCAUUCUGGGAGGAGGAAAAUCCAUUCUAGGAGGAGAAAAAUUAAUUAUGGGAGGAGGAAAAUCCAUCCUGGGAGAAGGAAAAUCCUUCUGGGAGGAGGAAAAUCCCUUUUGGGAGUUUUCCAGCCUGGCAGCUCCUCCUGAGGCUCGCUCUCCUCUAGGAGCCGCUGGAGAGUUUUUCAUCUCUCCUGGCCGGGAAUUCCUAAGCAAAUCCACGAACUGCGGCUCCUGCGGCAGCACAAAUUCCCAGAUUCCCAAAGGAUUGGAGGCUUUCCUCCCUUGGAAUAAGCAGGCGGGGAGGGAGCACUCUUGGCUGAGGUUUCUCUUGAUUUUCCUGCAGGAUUUGAAGGAAAAAUGCCAGGAAAUUCUGGAGCUGCUUUGGAUUUUCUCUUUUUCUGGAAUAAAAAUGGGUAAAAUCACAUUUCUUGGAGCAGUUUCUGCCCGGUGCUGGUGCUGAGCAGCAUCAGGAUCAGAGGGGUUCAGCUCU